AUGUUGUUGCCUUCGGACGUGGCCCGGCUGGUAUUGGGUUACUUACAACAGGAAAACCUCACUUCUACCUGUCAGACUUUUAUUUUGGAAAGUUCACAUUUAAAAGAAUAUGCAGAACACUGUACAGAUGAAGGUUUUAUCCCAGCCUGUUUACUGUCCUUAUUUGGAAAAAACUUGACAACAAUUUUGAAUGAAUAUGUAGCUAUGAAAACAAAAGAAACAUCAAAUCACGUCCCAGCUAUUAUGUCAUCUCUGUGGAAGAAGUUAGACCAUACACUUUCUCAGAUCAGGAACAUGCAAGGUUCCCCAGGGUUUGCUGCUAAUCAGAGAGCCCGAACGAGAAGUGGAAUUGCGGAAAUCAAACGGCAAAGGAGGCUUGCAUCUCAAGCAGCUCCCAUUAGUUCAGAGAUGCUGACUUUACCAUACCUCUCAGGACAGUUUACUACUGCUCCUUUGACAGCUACACAAGUUAUUCGGCCAAUUAGCCAAACUUCAGUUCCUUUGAGGUCAAAUUUUGUAGUGGUUAACCAUUCACAAUCUCAAGACAUUGUGACUACUGGAGAGGCUUUAAAUAUCAUUCCUGGUCCUCAGGAAAAGAAAACUAACGUCAGUUUAAUGUCUCCUGGUAGACGCAAAAGUGAAUCGCAAAGGAAAAAUACCACUUUGUCUGGACCUCAGUCAACAAUAUGGAAUUUCCAGGAUCCAAAUGCAUUUGCAGUAGAAAAACAACUUGUUAUUGAAAAUGCACGAGAAAAAAUAUUAAGCAACAAAUCUCUUCAAGAAAAACUUGCAGAGAACAUUAAUAAGUUUUUGAUUAGUGACAACAAUAUUGCUCAAGCACCUAAGCAAACAGAUAGCAACCCUACUGAACCAGAAACUUCAAUUGAUGAACUCCUAGGACUUCAGAGUGAAAUCCAUAUGUCUGAAGAAGCUAUACAAGAUAUACUGGAACAGACAGAAUCAGAUCCAGCAUUUCAGGCACUUUUUGAUCUCUUUGACUAUGGUAAAACAAAGAAUAAUAAAAAUUUAUCACAAGGCAUUUCCAGUCAGCAUAUGGAAACCAAUCCCAAUAUAGUCUUAGCAGAUGAAACUAAUCUAACAGUUAAAGGUUCUUUUAAUACAGAAGAAUCUGAUGAUCAAUCUGGUCAACCCCCACUUUGUACAUCUUAUCAAAAUGAAGACGCAUCAAAUGCUUUAAAGAAUGGCAGCAACCAUGAUGAGCUUAGACAAGAAACCCAGGGACAUUUUUCCCAGAUAGGUUCCAACAUCCAGAAAAAAACCUUCAAAACAGGUGUACCUACUGAACACAAGUGUAACCUUGAUAUUACCUAUGAGUCUGUGCCUAAUUUAAAUGACUUUAACCAAAGAGUAAAUUCUGAUGCCAAAUGUAAUCAGAAUUGUGGUGAAUUACACACCAAUCAGAUGUUCAUUGAAUCUGACAUGGUUAUGGAAGUUGAGAAGAACUCUUUGUCUCCAAAUGUGCCGAAUGAAUCUCGAUUACAAGUAGAUCAGCCUGAUACACCACUAACUUCAUUUGUAACUGAAAACUUAACUCUCUCUGGAAAAAGUUCUCAACUUUUAUCCCAAAAUAUAUCAUUAACUGGAAAGCCAUCUAAAAACAGCCAAUUUUGUGAAAAUUCUAAUGAUAUAGGAAGACCGAAAACUAAUUUGCCUGGUUCCAAAACACCAGAGUCUAGAGAAACUCAUCAGAGUAAAAUUGAAAUUGAUGGUGUAUUACCAGUGACAUCACAACUUUCAGAGUGCCAAGAUAAUUCUUCACAUCAAAGUAUAUCUGUGUCUGUUGAAAGUUCAGUUUUAAAUGUAUCUGAACAAGGAGAAAUUGGUCUUGGAGAUUCAAUAUCUUCAAUUAAACAACCAUCUAAUGAUUCAUCAUGUAUUGAGUUAGAUCAUACAGGACAUGAAAAUCAGCCCUCCAGGUCUGAUAAAGUUGCUUUGGAUUCACAACCUUCAUCUUCUGCAAAAGAAGAUGGAAAUAGUGUUUUUCUCUCAUUAGGUGAAAAUGAAAACUGUGGGGAAAUUGCAUUGAUGCCUCCAGAAGGUAAUCUUGUAGAAGAAAGACAUUCUCUUCCUGCAGAACCUGUGAGUUCUUCAGUAGUAGAGUCUCACCCUGAGUCCCAAAAUACUAGUGAUAAACCUGCUAGGAACAACUCAACAGAGAUAGAUGCAUCAAAUAUUGUCUCUCUCAAAAUUAUCAUUAGUGAUGAUUCCUUUGUUUCCUCAGAGACUGAACUUAACACUGCUGUUUCUAGUAUCAGUGGAGAAAAUGUGCCAACUAUAAUUUUGUCUUCUGCUAAAUCACCUGCCAAAAGUGCAGAAUUAGUUAAAUGCCUGUCUUCAGAAGAAACUGUAGGUGCUAUCACAUCUCCUGAAGGAACAGGGAAUUCAGCCUCAAUGGAACAGAGCCUUUUAGUGCUUAAACCUGAAGACUCUGCAGUAAACAACACUCGGAGUGAAGACCGCAUUGCUUUUUCAGCCAAUGUUACAUCAUGUGCUUCCAAGGAUGGGGGAUUUAUACAGUUGAUGCCAGCUACAAGCACAACUUUCGGCAGUUCAAAUAACAUUCUGAUAGCUACCUGCGUGACUGAUCCAUCAACCUUGGGAACAACUGUAAGUCAGUCGAGUGUUGUGGUGUUGCCUGGAAAUUCUGCACCUAUGACUGCCCAACCUUCACCGUCCCAAUUACAGACACCACCAAGGUCAAACAGUGUAUUUGCUGUCAACCAAGCUGUGUCACCCAGCUUUUCACAAGGAUCUGCCAUCAUAAUUGCUUCUCCAGUCCAGCCUGUACUCCAAGGAAUGGUAGGAAUGAUACCUGUAUCUGUGGUUGGUCAAAAUGCAAAUUCAUUUUCUGCUCCUCCUCAGCAGGUCCUUCAUAUGCCUUUGGCAGCACCUGUAUGCAGUAGAAGUAUCCCUCAAUUCCCUGUGCCUCCAAAGUCUCAGAAAACUCAGGGACUAAGAAAUAAGCCUUGUACAGGAAAGCAGGUAAAUAAUUUGGUGGAUUCAUCAAGUCAUUUAGUUGGGUGUCAUGCACAAAGAAUUGAAGUUUCUGAGAAGAAUAUGACAACAGAUCGUGGGAAAAAACUCGAAGAAAUCACAGUUCCCUUCUCAGUAGAGAAUAUAGUUCCAACUAGCAAACCACUGGAAAGCCAUAGGCGUGUGCUCUGUUUUGAUAGCACUGCUCCCGUGGCAGAUACACAGGGGACAAACCAUAAGAUGGCGUCCCAGAGCAAAGAAAAGAAUGAUAUUUCAUUUUGUAAUCUUGGCUCACCCAUAAUGUCCUCUACCUUAAAACCCUCUUCUAAUAAUGCUCUCAAAAGGGAGAGAGAGAAACUUCCUGUGCCUAAGAUUUUAUCUAAAUCAGAAACUGCCAUUGGCAGACAUACCGUAAAAGAAGCUCAGUCAGAAAAGAAAGUUUCAUCAACAGAAACUGGACUUGAAUCUUUCCAUAAAGCAACAGCUAAUAAGGAGAAUGAAUUAUGCAGUGAUGUGGAAAAACAGAAAAAUCCAGAAAUUUUAAAACUAUCUAAUGGGCAGCAAAAUGGAGGUUUACGAAAUGAGAAGACUAUAUCCUCACUGCAAGAACUAACCAAAAAACAAGGCACAUCCUCAAACGGUAAAAAUGUCAUUUCCAUGGGUGCAGCUGUGAAGGAUCUAAAACAGGAACAAACCAAAUCUGCCAGCUCUUUGAUUAACCCACUAAACAAACAUACCACAGAAAUGUUACAGGAUGCUCAGCGUCAUAGCCCAGUAAACAGGCUCGUAGACAGUGCUCAUCUAUCUGUGCCCCGGACACCUGGCUCAGGGGCAGGGGAAAAACAUAAAGAAGAACCUACCGAUGGUAUCAAGAUCCCCUCUAGCAGGCGUCUCAUUGAAGACGGUAGCACACCCAAAAUAAUGGUCCCUCCUGUCACCCCUGACCUGCCGGCCUGCAGCCCUGCCAGUGAAGCAGGGAGUGAAAACAGUGUGAACAUGGCUGCACACACAUUAAUGAUUCUCUCCAGAGCAGCUAUCUCUAGGACUACUUCAGCAACUCCUCUAAAGGACAAUACACAACAAUUUAGAACAUCUGCAAGAAACACCACAAAAAAGCGGAAAAUUGAGGAAUUAGAUGAGCGUGAGCGAAACUCCCGUACUUCUAAUAAAAAUCUUUCAAAUUCAUCAGUACCAAUGAAAAAGAAGAGAAUCAAGAAAAAGAAGCUGCCCAGUUCAUUUCCAGCUGGAAUGGAUGUGGACAAAUUUUUGUUAUCCUUGCAUUAUGAUGAGUAA